GAGAGAGAGAGAGAGAGAGAGAGACAGAUGGACGAGAAAGCGAAAUCGGCAAUGGAGGCGUUUGAGAAGCUAGAGAAAGUGGGCGAGGGCACCUACGGGAAAGUCUACAGAGCGAGAGAGAAGGCCACGGGCAAAAUCGUGGCACUUAAGAAGACCCGACUGCACGAGGACGAAGAAGGGGUGCCGCCCACUACUCUCCGCGAGGUCUCCCUCCUCAGGAUGCUUUCCAGGGAUCCCCAUGUCGUCAAAUUGAUGGAUGUGAAACAAGGACAAAACAAGGAAGGAAAGACAGUCCUCUACUUGGUUUUCGAGUACAUGGAUACCGACCUCAAGAAGUAUAUUCGCAGCUUUCGCCAAUCUGGAGGAAAUAUUCCAUCCAACAUCAUCAAGAGUUUAAUGUAUCAACUUUGCAAAGGUGUUGCUUUCUGUCACGGUCAUGGUGUUCUACACAGGGAUCUCAAGCCUCACAAUCUUUUGAUGGAUCGCAAGACAAUGAUGCUUAAGAUAGCAGAUCUUGGUUUGGCCAGAGCUUUUACGGUCCCUAUUAAGAAGUACACUCAUGAGAUAUUGACCCUCUGGUAUAGGGCUCCUGAGGUGCUUUUGGGAGCUACACACUACUCACCAGCAGUGGACAUGUGGUCAGUCGCCUGCAUAUUUGCUGAACUGGUGACAAACCAAGCUCUCUUUCCUGGAGACUCUGAGCUGCAGCAGCUUCUCCACAUUUUCAGAUUGUUGGGAACUCCUAAUGAAGAAGUUUGGCCUGGAGUUAGCAAGUUAGUGAACUGGCACGAGUACCCACAAUGGACCCCAAAGCCGCUUUCAUCAGCUGUGCCUGGACUGGAUGAAACUGGCCUACACCUCUUAUCUGAGAUGCUGCAAUACGAGCCGUCAAAGAGGAUUUCAGCAAAGAAAGCUAUGGAGCACCCUUAUUUUGAUGAUAUUGACAAGUCUGGUCUCUGAAAGUUGCUCACUCACUCGUGCUUAGAUAAUGGAUGCUGGAUCUUUGCCUAUGGACCUUGUGAUUUCACACUCUUGCUUUUCUCGAGCAUUCAUUGACCAUGUUAAUCGACUUUUGUGCUGAUAUCACUGAAAACUUGUUUGCUUUUCUUGUUGUAGCCAAUAGCCAUAGAUAGAGCUUUUUCGAGCAUUUCUCCUUGGGUGCUACGUAAUUGUAGCUGCUAUUAACAAAUCUAUAUCUAAAUAUUUGGUUGC